ACAUAAUAUCAUCCGGCAGCGUUACUCGGUCCGUCCAGUUCGAUCGGCAGCGGGAGCGGAGAAAGGAAAGCGGAGAGCCUGAAGGCAACAGCCCCCACCACCGCCGGCCCAGGUUACCAUCUAGCACCGGGAAAAACACACUAGAGAGCCACCGCCGGCUUUACCAACAAGAAAACAACAUGAGCAGCGAGGCCGAAACAAAACAACCGCCGCAGCCUGCCGCCGACGCGGAGAGCCCAUCCAGCCCGGCAGCCGCAGCUACCGCGGAGGAUAAGAAGGUCAUCGCAACAAAAGUCCUGGGGACAGUGAAAUGGUUCAAUGUAAGGAAUGGCUACGGUUUCAUCAACAGGAAUGACACAAAGGAAGAUGUCUUUGUGCACCAGACCGCCAUUAAGAAGAACAACCCAAGGAAAUAUCUUCGUAGCGUUGGGGACGGAGAAACUGUGGAGUUUGAUGUCGUAGAAGGGGAGAAGGGUGCCGAGGCAGCCAAUGUUACUGGCCCGGGUGGCGUUCCUGUGCAGGGCAGUAAGUAUGCGGCUGACAGGAACCGAUAUAGGCGGUUCCCACGCAGGAGGGCCCCCCCUCGCGACUACCAGGAGAACUAUCAGAGCGACGGAGAGGCACGGGAGAAGAGAGAAGAGGAAGAAAGCGUCCCCGAGGGUGAGAUGCAGCAACAGCAGCGUAGACCCACCUACCCCGGCAGACGGCGCUACCCGCCAUACUUCGUGCAAAGGCGUUACGGCAGACGCCCCCCAUACACCAACACACCCCAGAGAGGAGAAAUGACAGAGGGUGGGGAAGGUGAUGAGAACCAAGGUGGUCCAGACCAGGGCAACAAACCAAUGAGGCAGAACUACUACAGAGGCUUCCGACCAAGGUUCAGACCAAGCAGGGGUCCCCCACGCCCCCGGCCGGUGCGGGAAGGGGAGGAGGAUGAUAAGGAGAACCAGGGCGAGGGUGGGGAGAACCAGGAGCCCCGUCAGCGCCGUUACCGCCGCAACUUCAACUACCGCCGCAGACGGCCCCAGACAACCAAGCCUCAGGACGGCAAGGACAGCAAGGCAGCCGACGCAUCAGCCGACAAAUCAGCCGCUCCCGAAGCCGAACAGGGCGGAGCAGAUUAACCGCCACCGGCUU